AUGGAGAGCUUAAGCGACGAUGUUUGGGAUGUUGUCAUAACUGGAACCAGCAUUCCCCAGUCACUUCUUGCGUUGGCUCUAUCUCGCUCCGACAAGAAGAUUUUGCAUGUGGAUCGACAUUCUUAUUAUGGAGGUGACGAUGCCGGCUUGAGUCUCGCAGACGCCCAAGCUUGGGUCGAAGACUUGCGGCAAUCCACAAGCAGAGUGUUUAAAGACGCUUCCAUCUCGAGAUUUGCCGAGGACGGUUCUGGGCCGCCCAUAUCACUUGGACCAUCUCGGUCGUAUACCUUGAGCUUAAGCCCUCAAAUCAUCUACGCCAAAUCCGAGUUUCUCCCUAGCCUGGUCUCGUCACAGAUACAUACUCAACUGGAAUUUCUUGCCGUUGGGUCUUUGUGGGUACUGGGUGACGGACAACUGCACAAGAUACCGAGCACUCGUGAAGAUGUGUUUAAUGAUGAGUCACUUUCAAUGAAGGACAAGCGUGGGUUGAUGAAGUUCUUGAGAUACGUGAUGCAAGAGGAGGAGGAAUCGACCACGGGCUCGGAAAAAGGCAACACUAGCAUAUCACUGAAGGUCGCAUUGUCGACAAAGUUCAAAAUCCCGGACUCCCUGCAGGCUCCGCUGGUGGUACUUGCACUGUCCCCUAUAGCUGCCGACUUGCUCCCCUUCGACAAAGCUCUUGCCAGGAUCAGGAGACAUAUGAGGUCUAUGGGCCAUUUUGGUCAAGGAUUUGGCGCCGUCGUUGCGAAAUAUGGCGGCACCGCAGAAAUCGCACAGGUGGCGUGUCGUGCUGGUGCUGUGGGUGGAGGUGUGUACCUCCUAGGGCAUGGCUUACAAGAUCUCGAUGCUACUAGUAACACGCCUGCUCCCCAAGGCACAGAUGGCGGGGAUAUCUCCCUCAUCGAGUGCACACUUUCCAACGGCACUCGAAUCCGAGCUCGAUAUGUCGUCGGCAACCGCGAUGAUAUUCCAGCCGUCAAAGGUGCCACGGAAGAAGUGGUCUCGUUCUGCACUACUUGGAGGUCCGUCAAUGUCAUUGCGGAUCCAUUACGGUCAAUGUUUCCUCCGACAUCAGACAAUGGACCUAUCCCUGCAGUGGCAAUAGUUCUCGUCGACGAUGGCACCCCUCAUAACGACCAGAAUCCCAUUUAUCUACAGAUUCACUCAGAGGAUACAGGGGAAUGUCCGGCGGGUCAAUGUCUCAUCUAUGCUUCGGUCGUUUCUGAAGAUGGGUCCUCCAAAGAUCGGCUUCAAGCUGCUGUGAGAGGGUUUCUUGACACUGUCAGUGCAAAAGAUUCACUCCUCUGGUCGCUGUCCUAUCGAGCCGUAGGGCCCGGCAUAUUUUCAACUUCGGAUUAUCCUCCACCACGAAAACACUCACAGGUCAUUCUAUUUCCACCCAAGCCUCAAGACGUUGCUUUUGACGACGGUAUACUGCAUGCGGUCAAUGAGGCUUGGCAGGUUAUCUUGGGGCCAGAGGUCGCUGCAAACAGCACAUUUCUGAGGUUUGAGGAACGAGAAUCCGAGAUUGAGGACUAG